UUUCUCAGUCCACACCGAGCUCACCGUCGAGGUAACACCGAUCGACUAUAGCCGGUCACUCUUAAAACGACCGUGCUUUCGUUCCAUUCUGUUCUGUUCUCCAAUUGUUCACUCUUGACCAUUCGUAUUUCGGAUAAGGCCGAAUUUUCUUUUUGGAAAGGUACGUGAUCAUAAAUAAGAGAUAAUGGCGGGACCAAAAGUGGAAGAAGAGAUUCCUGACAGAAUAGCGGAAACUUUCAAAGGACAGAACAUCCUAAUUACCGGUGGCACUGGUUUCCUCGGCAAAGUCAUCGUCGAGAAAUUUCUUAGAUGUCUACCAAACACUGAACAAAUUUACAUGUUAAUCAGAACGAAGAAGGAAAAGGACCCGAAACGUCGUUUAGAAGAAAUCUUCAACUCAGCGCUUUUUGAAAAAGUUAAAAAACAACGGGGAACAGAGGCACUUAAAAAAUCAGUAACUGUAAUAAAUGGAGAUGUAUCGAUACCUGGACUUGGGAUUUCCUCAGAAGAUAGAAAGAUGCUUUGUGAAAAGAUAAACAUCGUGUAUCAUGCAGCUGCCACAGUACGAUUUGAUGAAUUACUGAAGAAAGCAGUAUUAUUGAAUACGCGUGGUACAAAGCAAAUGUUGGAAUUAGCGAAAGAGAUGAAGCAUUUAAAAUUAUUUGCUCACAUUAGUACAGCAUAUUGUCACCUUGAAGAAAAGGUUUUAGGAGAGAAACCAUACGCACCACCUGCAGAUCCUCAUAAAAUAAUUAAAUGUGUGGAAUGGAUGGAUGAUGAUGUAGUUGAAGCUAUGACAGACAAAAUUCUAGGACACCUUCCCAAUACAUAUGCUUUUACUAAAGCUUUGUCAGAAAGCCUGGUUGAAGAAGCAAUGCCUCAUAUUCCAGCAAUUAUAUUAAGACCAAGCAUAGUUAUUCCUAUAUGGAAAGAGCCAAUACCAGGUUGGACAGAUAAUAUCAAUGGUCCAACGGGACUUUUAAUUGGUGCUGGUAAAGGUGUUAUUCGAACAAUGUAUUGUAAUGAGAGUGGUUAUGCAGAUUAUCUUCCUGUUGAUAUUGCAGUAAAUGCAAUUCUUGCCAGUUCUUGGAAUUUUAUAUAUUGCGAGGAUCAUGAAAAAAGAGUUUACAAUCUUACAAGCAGUAGCGAAUUUAAGGUAUCAUGGGCUGAGAUCAUCGCUAGAGGUCGAAAAAUAACAGAAAAGGUACCUUUAAAUGGAGUUGUUUGGUAUCCAGGUGGUAGCAUGAAAAAAUCAAGGCUCAUACAUAAUAUAUGCGUUAUACUUUUCCACAUGAUACCUGCCUACUUUAUAGAUGGACUUAUUUUCCUUGCAGGCUACAAACCAAUUAUGUGUCGUGUACAACGCCGAAUACAAAAAGGUUUUGAAGUAUUUGAGUAUUAUGCCAACAAUCAAUGGGACUUUGAAAACGCAAAUAUAUACGAAGUAAGAAGUAAAUUUAAUCCUGUGGAAUACAAGAAAUAUCAACUACACGGGGAAGACAUGGAUAUAGAUGCAUAUUUUGAAUCAUGUAUACGAGCGGCAAGAAUUUACAUUCUCAAUGAACCACCAGAAACUUUGCCAGCUGCUCGAAGACACUUGAGAAUCAUGUAUUGGGUUGAUGUAAUUACUAAGAUACUCUUUUUCGUAUUACUAAUCUAUAUAUUGGCAUCUUGGAGUGAAAGUUUCAGAGCGUUGUUAAUAGGAAGUUGGUUAUUCGUUACUCGGAAUUCGUAGUACUAAUCAUUGACAUUAUCUAUUUUUAAUGUUUUUAGUACCUUAAAUAUUAAUAUGGCCAAAUAAAGCAUGAAUUAUUUUUUCA